AUGAUUGGGAAGCCUCUUCCAUACACUACCAACCCGGUAGCCCUCCUUUUGACGGACAUAUGGCUCUUCUUCCAUCUUUCGUUCGACAUCAAGAGUCUCAGCCUUCUGAGCAUUGUCUGGCCGCUCAUUCCAAACAACCCCAAUUUCGAUGAACUCGCUCCGACACCAAAAAAUGCUUGGGCACUGGCGGUCCACAUUGUCCUGGUAUUCUCCCAGUUGGCAUAUCUGGGGUUUGCACUUCUAGCGCCGUUUUGUGGCACACCGACGAUCAUGUAUCUCGGCGUGCUUAUUGCUGGUGUUAUGAUCAACAAGUUCGUCUGCGACGCUAGUCUUAACGGUCCCCACGGACAGACGCUCUAUGCUGGAGAGCAGUUUUCUGAGUACAUGCGACUUCCACGGAAGCGAGUGGACCAGACCGACAAGCUCAAGCUGCUCGAAUCCAGAGACCCGAAGCAUUCUGGUGAAAGAUGGGUAUUCAUCAAUGGUGUGGCAGCAGGCUCGCACUGGACACAAGCCAACCUCAAUCGGAUCGCGAGAACCUUUCAGCGCCCUGUUCUUGGUAUCCACAACGCGACGUACGGCAUCGUGUUUGAUGUAUUGGAGUGCGUGAUCCAACGCACCUUUGGAUAUCCCACACUCGACAUCCGCACUGCAUACGCAAAGGUCUCAGAACUUCUUGGCCAGGCAGAUGUUGACAAGUUAGUGUUCAUCGCCCACAGCCAGGGGUCGAUUGAGGCUGGGAUGGUCUUGGAUUGGCUCUUUGCGACGGUUCCGCAAAAAGACAUUCAGAAGCUUGAAGUGUAUACUUUCGGCAACGCUGCGAACCAUUGGAAUUGUCCCGAACUUGAAAAUGGUCAGCGCGUUAUCGAACAUGUUGAGCACUACGCAAACGACAAGGACUGGGUUGCAAGAUUUGGCGCACUAUAUUUCCGUGGUGUUGGACAGCAACAGAGCCAUAUACAUCCAUUCAGUUACGUUCAGCCCACAAGGAAUGGUCAAUCGAAGGCUAAAAACGCUGUUAACGGCUCCAACAUGUCGUCGACGACCGAGAACCCACCUGAUGUGCUCACGAACCGAUUCGUUGGCAAGCUGUUCCUCAGGAAGGCUUCUGGACAUCAAUUCAACCAACACUACAUGGCCAACAUGUUCACCAUGGACAAGCAAGACAGGCUUGUUCUUGAUGGCAAUGAGUUUAUGAAUGAAGUGGUUGAUCAUUACAACUUCCAAGACUGUCAGUGCACCUCCACCAGAAUGGUCAAUGGAGAUGAUAUCGCGACCAAGGCACAGCUUGUGGAACCGGUGAAGCAGAUCAAGGACGAGAGCCGACUAUGGCAGUAUCGGAAUGGGGGUGUUCCGUCCGCAUGA